AUGCGGAAUAGACAUGUCAAACAAAGUAUACCCAGUCUUCUAUCCGAGAUCAGAGCAAAACUUGCUCUGUGCAACAAUGAUAUCUCCAAACUAGGGCCACCAUGCGAUACCAAUUUCCAGCAGUUUACCUUGAUAAAUGGAAUUGCAACGAAGUACUCUAGAAUGGCGGAGAAUUCUCUGAAUGGCAACUAUCGAGGACUUAAUAAGUCUGAUAUGUUUGCGAGAAAGCUAAUUCGUGAUGGACUUGACAAGUUUUGUACUACAUUGCAGGCAGAGGGUCCAGUGAAGCCUUUUGUAACUUGUACAGCGGAAGCGAAGCUUAUCCUUACCGACGACGGAAUGACAUGGUCGGAGAAACUCAUGAAAGAUCCAACCUAUGGUUGGAUACGUCAAGUAAUUGGGAGCUUUCGCGGGACCGAAUUUCCUGGUGACCUUAAUCCAUUAGUAGUCGACUUCUUAUGGAGAAAGCAGACCACAGGCUGGAGAGCCAUCGCUGAGGACGCUCUUGCUGAGGCGGAGAGCAUUGUUGAACGGGUGAAUGAGGCAUUAUUUCAAAUUGUCUGCUCAGAUGAUGAUCUUCGAGUCAACUUGCGGGACUGGUUGCAUGCCGAUUUUCAGAAAGCAUCAGUCGAUGCCGCGAAGGAGCUCGAACCGGCAGUUUUGAAUACUCAUGAUAGUCUCGAGGCCUACUAUGAAUUGGCUAGAUGGCGAUUCACCGACAAUGCUGCAACUCAAGUCAUCGAAAGGCACCAGCUUGGUCCUGAUGGUCCACUGCGUCUUUUUUCUCCUCAGUAUGUAUCAGAGAAGUUAUAUGGAGAACAAAACGAGGAUGCAUUAAGCAAUUUAGUUGGCGAAAAUCCAAACAAGGCCCAAAAGCGACUCGGUCUCGAUUCUGAGAGGCGCAGUCUCGAAGAAAGUAUGAAGAGACUUCAAGCUUUCAAAAUGCUUUGA